AUGGCCAAAACCAAGACGAAAGCAGGCUCGAAACAACGAGAUAUCCUCCGCUCAACGACCUCUCCGCUCGUGAAAGGCGUUCCGAAAAAGUCGCAGAAAUCGAUCGAAGACCUCCUCACCGAGGCUGCCGAACUCCUUGAACAGGCUCAACCCGAACUUGCGCUGCCGCUUGCCGAAGAGGCCCUGAAGAGACUCGAAACCGAGCGACAGGAACAGCAUGCUCCGAAGGAGGACGAGAUCGAGAUCGACGACCUGUUGUCCUUGGCUGCGCAGGGAAUACCCACGCUGCCGUCCGUUCUGACCCUGAACGCCGAAAUCCAAGUUGCAUUGGGAGAUGUCGAGUCGGCACGACGAAACUUUUUACGCGCGACUCGGAUCGACAAAGACGGGGCACUGAUAUCGGCGGAACCGUGGCUUUGGCUCGCGCAGCUGUGUGAAGAAGGUGGGGCAGAGAGUAUCAGGUACUUUGAGCAGGCGUGCGAGGUGCUCAGGAAUGAGAUCGAGGUGCUCGAGGAGGCGGUCAACGAGAUGGACACCGGGUCGGACGGGGAUGCGGGCGCGAAGAAGGUGCUCGACGAAAAGAAAUCGAAGCUGGCAGACGCCCUCUGCGCCAUGGCCGAGGUCUACAUGACUGAUCUGUCGUGGGAGAACGACGCCGAGUCGCGAUGCGAGUCGCUCGUCACCGAAGCCGUGGCUGUGUGCCCGGAGUACCUGAGUGCCGGUGUGCUACAAACACUGGCGAGCGUGCGAAUCAGUCAAGAACGGAUAGAGGACGCCAGAACUGCCCUCAAGAGGAGUCUUGACAUAUGGAACGACACGCCGUCGGCCUCUGUACAAGAUCCCACAAAGGACGAAGAAGCCAGCGCGGGCGAAGACGGCCGACGCCCCGACUUCGCCACCCGCGUCUCCCUCAGCCGCCUGCUCAUGGAAGUGCAACUCGAACCCGUCGCCAUGACCGUCCUCGAGGGCCUCGUCCGCGAGGACGACCAGAGCGUCGAAUGCUGGUACCUCGGCGGAUGGUGCCAGGUGCUCGUCUCCCAGAAAGGGGACACCCCCUCCGAAACGAAAGCCAAGUGCCUCGAGACCGCGAAGCAGUGGCUGGACAACUGCCUCCGGCUGUACCGCGUCCAGGGGUACGAGGACGAGCGGCUCCGAGAGCACGCGGUCGAGUUGGUUGACGGGUUGAAAAAGGAGUUGGGGCUCGAAGGUGAGAUGGAUGAGGAUGACGGGGACUGGGAGGACGUGGAUGACCAGGACGACGAGGAGGAGGCAGAGGAAGAUGGAGACCUUGAGAUCGAAGCCGAUGGCGACGUCGACGCCGAGGACGAUGCUGCUCGUCGUCAUCCUGGAGCGAGUGCCAAAGCCACAGCCAAGGAUGAGGACAUCGAGAUGACCUGA